AUGAAAAAAAUAUUAUUUUUCCUACUUCUACUAUUCCUAAGUUCCUAUGGAUUCCCAAUUGAAGAAUCUGAAAAUAAAAAUUCUGGAAAUCCCAAAAAAUCUGAAAUUUCCUAUGCUACUGAAAUUGUUGAAAACCCAGCGACAGACAAAAUAACUGACAUUUCUGGAAAUCCAAAAGAUGCAGAGGUUAUUGAUGGGAAGUACGGUGGAGGAAGUGAGAAAACAUCUCGUGUCGCCCGUCAAUAUUACUACUAUCCAAGUUACGGUUAUGGAUAUGGCUAUGGUUAUGGAUUCUACGGAUCGUCCCGCUUGAUUCGAAUGUGUAUGCGCUGGGUUUGGGGAUGCUCGAUUACGAAUUACAGGGCAUAA